GACCCGUUCGACGACGGCAGCAAGCACGACUCGCGCGAUAAGCGCUUUCCAUUCGAAGCGCAGACGGUGGACGGUCGUGCGACGCGUAGCCAGAUUUGCUCGUACGCGAGUGCCAUCUUCCAGCUCCAGUUUCGCUUCUUCUUCUUCUCCAUCCUCGUCAUGAGAACCCACGCACGUCUCAUCCGCUGGGAGCGUGCCGGUGCCGUCGUCUCCGAGGCUUUCGAAAUCAACUCUAGUUCGCUUCUGUCCGAAUUCAUCUGGCGGUACAGCUUCAUGACCCGGGCCCAGCGUGGGUUCGAUUGCUCUAUCCUGCGAUGUUCAGCGACUGAGUCCAAACGCGUUGAGAAGGCUCGCCAAAUGAUC